AUGCUGUCUGCCAUUACGAGCCGAGCUAUAAAAGAUAACGCUUUAAGUGCUGCCCGAACCCUACCUGGCCUUAAAACAACCAGUUGCCAACCUACCUCACGUUUAAAACUGUCGCUACCGCCACAGUCUAUCACUCGUCGUGCGACAAUUGCUAAUGAUGGCGAAAUUUCUCGCUUUUACACUCCAUCUACCACCAUCGAGUGCACGCCCUCUGUUAAUAACAAGGUGGACGUUCAGAUUUUGAAAAAAAUGUCUGCUUCGGUCUCACACUUUGAAGGUUCACGGAGAAAUCUGAGUUUUCUCGUAUCCGUAGAGACACUGAUUCCCGGACGCUGCGCGUUUUCAGAUGAGCGCCAGUCUUGUCAGCUGGUGGCGCGCUCCUUUGACGACUUUCGCCGUUUCCGCAAGUCGCUUCUCGCCCGCGUCAGCAGCUAUUACGACCCUAAAUCGCUGCUUUUGGGACAUCAAGGAAAGUGCCGAUGCGAAGGUGGUAAUGGAUGCUCCUUUGACGUUACGCGUAGCUUUCUUGACAGGCUUAAAUUCACGCGAAUGCCAUUUUUUAGUCUUAGCAAGAAUACAGCUGACUUAACUAUGCGCCAGAUCGAGAUGGACAAAUUUCUUCGGAUUAUCUUUGCCAUUUUGCAUCGGAUGGAGCCUGGUUCGUGGCACCCAGAGUGUCGUUUUUUGCAAGAUGUGAUGGGUUUUCUUGAAGUGAAAGAGUCGUUUUCUCAACAAAUGGAGCUGCUGCUGCGCUCUAAGAACCGAUAUAUGUGCUUAGAUGGUUGGAAAGCAAACAAUCUUGAAACGUAUGGUUCGGGUAUCAACGUUUGA